GAGAAGACCCGCGUCGUGCAGCAGGGCCCUGGCGAGAGGAACUUCCACAUCUUCUACUAUCUCUUCGCUGGCAUGACCAGGGAUGAACUUCGUGGAUACAGUCUCUCAGCUCCGGAAGACUUCAGGAUAUUGAAGAACGACAACAGGAACCAUCCUGUAUUCCGGAGCACACGUGACCUAGAACAGAACAGGCUCAUGUUCCACAAGCAACUCAAUGUCAUGAGACUCGUUGGCUUCACAGAAUGGGAAAUCACGAUGAUUUUCACUCUCCUUUCCGCCAUAUUGCACGUGACUAACAUCUCGUUCGUGCGAGAUGACUGUACAGAGAAAGCGAAGUUUGCUGACAAAUCCAGUUUAUCCAUUGUGAGCACCUUGCUGCAAGUGAACAAGGAUACUCUGUCGGAGACGCUCAUCUCGUCUGUCAGCGUGGCCAGAGGUGAGACAGUGGUCAUCCCCAAGACGGCCGAACAAGCCGCUGAUGGCCGCGAUGCCUUGGCUAAAGCCCUCUAUGCCAGACUGUUUGGCUGGCUUGUGAAACAAGUGAACUCCAGACUCAAGCCGGACAAGGCAUACAGUUACACCCCCGGUCCCAGCAUAGGCAUUCUGGAUAUGCCUGGAUUUGAAAACCUCAAAAUUAACAGCUUUGAACAGCUCUGUAUCAACGUAGCCAAUGAGCAAAUGCAGAGCUUCUUCAACGACCACGUGUUUGUCCUGGAAAGGCGGGAGUAUGAGCGUGAAGGCGUACAAUGGCGGCAUAUCAACUUCCGGAACAACCAGGACCUCCUAGACCUCCUCAUCAUGAAACCCCUGAGCAUCUUUGCUUUGCUGGAUGAGGAGUCCAAGUUCCCCCGCGCCUCCGACUCUACCCUCGUCGAGAAGAUCACUACCAACUGCCAGAACCACAAACUGCUCACCAAGUCCAAGGCAGGAGAACUCGCCUUCAGCAUCCACCACUAUGCAGGCACCGUGGAGUAUCAGGCUGCUGGGUUCCUGGAGAAGAACAGGGACAAUCUGUCCGCCUGUCUGGCCGACUGCAUGAAGUGCAGCAAGAACACUCUCAUCAGUGACCUCUUCAAGGCCAAACUCUCCAGAACUGGCACCAUUUCCAGCUCAUUCGCUACCAGGCCGAGGACAAAACACCAACGUGCAAACAACAGUAAUGAUGUUUUUCCGGAUGAUAGAUAUGACCGUUCACUGAAAGACAAACAUUCUACAACUGUGUCACAGUAUUUCAAGAACUCGCUGGUGGAUCUAAUGACGCGGAUGAACUCAACCCAGCCCCAUUUUGUAAGAUGUAUUAAACCCAACGAUCAGAAAUCCCCGGACAAGUUUCAAGUCGAGCAAGUAUUCAGCCAACUUCGUUCAAACGGCGUUUUCGAGAUAUCACGUGUUCGACAAAUGGGAUAUCCCCUCAGAUUUGAAUUCGACGAAUUCAUUGACAAGUACAAGUUCCUCGCAUUCACUCCGUCGGACAAUGUUGAAGCGACGAGGGAGAAUUGCGGGCUCAUAGCCAAAGUCUCUGGGUUAGAAGACUAUCAGCUUGGUGAUACGAAGAUCUUCCUCAAGCACGGCGACGAGGAUCUCCUGAACACUCUUCUGCAGGAACUAGAGAGCAAGGUUGUGCUCAUCCAGACCCAAGUCCGAGGAUUCCUGGCAAGAAAAUUCCACAAGACAUUGUUGGCUCUCCGGAAAGAGAGGGCAAUCAUGGACGACUUCAACUUCGAGUCCACUCAGUUCAAACACAGGGACAAUAACAACGAAAACCUCAAGCAUAAAAUCCACAAUAUCAACGAUGAUGAUAUUGAUAUUAUCAAGAACCUCAAUCAGCCUUUAUCACCCAUCACCAGUAAAGAUAGCGAGAAGCAUGGUGAUCGCCUCCCAGUGAUGAGUUCCCCAGACAAGUUCGGUCCCUCGGACGUUGGGAUCCUUUCCCAGGGCACCGAUGAUGACACGAGAAGGAGGAGACGGAGGAGAAAGAGGAAUAAUUCACAAAAGUCUUCAACAACAACGUCUGAAAGUACGGCGACGACUAAUCUCUCUAGUCAUCCGAUUGUGGAUGACUGCAAUUUUCAACCGUGGGAUGUCUUUAAGACAGUAUCUAGACGCAGUGAGACAAUAUAUGAAACCACAACAAAUUGGUUUGAAGUCGCUGCCAAAACUCUCAAAGUAUUUGCGUACCUGUUCAUAUUCCUGUGUGUCCUGUCCAGUGCUCUGGCGAGCAAGGGUAGUCUACUGUUGAUGACCCAUGCUAUAGGCAACACUAGCAAGGGCUGGGAGAACCGCGACCGAUGGGUCUACACGGUGAUAGCAGUAGUCAGUGUACCCUACCUAGUAACCUUCUUCGAAUGUCUCUUCAAGUCUAUGUUCGGCAAUCUUCCCAGACCGUCCAUUGGAAAUAUAGCAUGGAUCUUGUUCAUGGAAUCUCUCCACUCCUUUGGGCUGAGCCUGCUGCUGUUCCGAGUGUUGCCUUGUCUGGACACAGUCCGAUGUCUCCUUCUGAUGAACGCCCUCUGCACAAUGCCCGCCAUCCUCAGACUGUUCGCCACCAAGCGUUCCGAGGACAACCGCCGGAAGGUAACCACCAUCAUCCUGGACUUCUUGGCCGUGCUCAUGCAGCUGUCAGCCUUCGUCAUAGUUCUCGCCUCAAUGAAGUCUGAAUGUGUGAAGGAAACAGAAGUGGAAGAUGAUGCUCUGGAGCUGAACACACCGACAACCAAAUAUGAAGCACCAAAAAGUUUGCCCCAGACUGGUGAUUCACCCUGGUCCUCGACCUACGCUCUGUCCGACAUGUCCUGGGAGAUCCCUCUGGCCCUUCUGCUCCUCUCUACCAACUGGUGGGAGAACUUCGUGGACAAGGACGUCCGGAUCGGAUGUCUAGAGAUCCCGGUCAAGGACUACAAGGAUACACUCCAUCGUGUCCGGGUCAAGUCCUACCUGGUGGCAAGUCUCUGGAAAGUUGGUCUCACCUUUGGUUUCGCUUUCCUCCUUAUCCCCAAUCUCAGUAUGGUCCAUAUCGCCUUUGGCUCUCUGUUUGAAACGAACGGCGAGGUCAUUAAGUCCAACGGCAGCACCGUCACUACCACCAUGAUGCCGAUACAAGCUACAACAGAGCCACCUUUUUCUAAUUCUCUGACCGACCAACCAGGUGGACUCUCCAAGGGUGGAAAUGAACAAGAACACUUCAUGUUACUGGAACACUCCAACUGCUCUUUCCAAAACAAAUCCAUGGGUUCUCUCAACGAAACCGUCUGCGAUAACAUAUACGUUGACCCCUGGAGUCAAUGGUGGACAUACAUGCCUCUUCUCUUACAAAUCGUCUCAACGGGGCUGUGCUACUACUUUGCUCGACUGGCGUGUAAGCUAUGCAUGCAGAGGUUCUCGUUCGCUAUACCACUGAGUCUUGCCACCCCGGUAUCAGUGGCUACAAUCAUUACUGUGUGUUACCUAAAACCCGAGAAGACUGAACUGAUCAAAGGCUUCUUGACGUUCGCCUGUACAGGGCAUGGUCCGGAGAGAAAAUGGUUGAUAUGGCACCUUGGAUUAGGUUUUGGUCUUUGGUGGGCCUCGCAGCUGUGGAUCACAAGAUACAUCUGGACUCCCAAAGCCCCGAGACUGGCAUUUACGGAAAGAUUGUUCAUCCUGCCUAUGUACUGUGGCGCCCUCAUUGAGCAGUCGCUGCUGCUGAACCGGCGCCGGAACGACAAGGAACGUAUCCUGAAGGAGAUGGCGUUCAACGACGACGCCUCCAUGGACAGCAACUCAACUGACGCCAUGCGGAAACAACGUGAACAGAUCGUUCCCAAGAUAUACGUGUGCGCUACAAUGUGGCACGAAACUGAGAACGAAAUGACACAGCUCCUCAAAUCCUUAUUCAGACUUGAUAUCGACCAGAGUGCUCGCCGUAAUGCUCAGGACUACUUCAACGUUCAAGAUCCGGAUUAUUAUGAAUUUGAAGCGCAUAUCUUCGUUGAUGACGCCAUGGAUUACAACGACAACGAUGAGUGGAUGCCAAACAUGUUCGCCAGACAACUCGUCGACUCCAUUGAUUGGGCAGCAAGUCAAAUUCACGAAUCUGAGAUCAAGUUGAUGCCCCCUGUGAAGAUCCCAACCCCCUACGGCGGCCGUCUCGUGUGGACCCUCCCAGGAGGGAACCUGUUGAUUGCCCACUUCAAGGACCGACUGAAGAUCAGGCACAAGAAGAGAUGGUCACAGGUCAUGUACAUGUACUAUCUCCUUGGUUACCGUCUCCUGGGACAACAAGACGAUCUCCACGGAAGCAGCUCAACUCUGGAACGAGAAGAGAAAUGGAGAAACUCGGCCAGCCAUUUUGUCAAAGGAAACCUGUUCAAGUACAUCCCCGAGAAAGUCCUAGUACAGGCUGAGAAUACAUUCAUACUGGCCCUUGACGGAGAUGUGGACUUCAAACCCGGUGCUGUACAGCUGCUUGUGGACAGGAUGAGGAAGAGCAAGAAAGUUGGAGCUGCCUGCGGACGAAUCCACCCCAUCGGAUCAGGCCCUAUGGUUUGGUACCAGAUUUUCGAGUACGCUGUUGGUCAUUGGCUUCAAAAGGCUGCUGAGCAUAUGUUGGGGUGCGUUCUGUGUUCACCUGGGUGCUUCAGUUUGUUCCGUGGAUCUGCUCUGAUGGACGACAACGUAAUGAGGACCUAUGCUACCCGCUCCAGUGAGGCCAGACACUACCUGCAGUACGAUCAGGGUGAGGACCGAUGGCUGUGUACACUGAUGCUUCAACAAGGAUACAGGGUGGAAUACUGUGCCGCCUCGGACGCCAUGACACACGCUCCGGAACGAUUCAAGGAGUUCUUCAACCAGCGCCGUCGAUGGAUUCCUUCCACUCUCGCCAACAUCAUGGACCUGCUACAGAGUUACCGAACAACCAUCAACAUCAACGACAACAUCUCCUACCUCUACAUGGGAUACCAAGGUCUACUGAUGCUCUCCACCAUCCUGGGACCUGCAACUGUAUUGCUUAUGAUGGCUGGUGCCUUCAACGCCGUCAUGCGGACUAGUCUCUGGCAGUCGUACAUCCUGGCCGUGGCUCCCUCUGUGCUGUAUCUCAUCAUCUGCUUCAUAGCUAAAGGCAGUAUGCAGCUUAACAUAGCUGCCAUCAUGAGUGCAGUGUACUCCUUGCUCAUGAUGGCUGUGGUGGUCGGAACACUGGUUCAGAUUGCAGAAGAUACCAUUAUCAGUCCCAACGCCGUCUUCUUGCUGAUGCUGCUGGCCAUCUUCAUCAUAUCGGCGUGCUUCCAUCCGCAGGAGUUUAUUUGUCUAAUACCAGGGGCUCUGUACUUCCUGUGCAUCCCCUCCGGCUACGUCUUGCUGAUGAUCUAUGCUAUGUGCAACCUCCACAUCGUUUCUUGGGGAACAAGAGAAGUGGCAACUCGAGUACCGGGGCCAAAACCGGCGGAGAUAGCGAACGCCAAAAACAAUCAAGCCAGUUGGAUGUCCUUUUUUACCAGACAUGAAGACGAUAAUUCGUGCUGCAGUGGUUUCGUUCGAUUCUUUAGGCGGGUGUGUGGCGGCAGACACCAGGACCUGAACACUGAAAUUUUGAGGCAAGUGAUUGAAAAAUUGGAUAAGGUCGAAGCAGGUAUGCGUAAUGUCGGAACAGGGUUCCAGCAUCAACGGCGGCGCUCGUCAUCACGAUCAAGAAGAUCAAAGAGAUCGAACAACAUCAACGACAUUGAAGAGGAAGCCGAACACGGUGACGCCUCUGCUACCACGACGUCUUCAUCAGACGAAGAACAAUACUUCGAAGAGGAAAGGGACGAAUUAAUCAACCCAAGAUGGUUGGAAGACAUGGGUUUGAGAAACGGGGAGGUUCAGUACCUUCCCAUGAGAGAGAUUGAGUUCUGGCAGAGAUGUAUUGCCAAGUACCUUCACCCGAUACAAACGGAUCGUGCACAUGAGGUAAAGGUUAGCCAAGACCUCAAGUCCAUGAGAAACAAUGUCGCCUUUGCCUUCUUCAUGAUGAACGCUUUCUGGAUGAUCAUCAUCUUCAUGUUGCAAAGUGUCAAGGACAAAGUCAGUAUCCCCAUCCCUCGACCUGGCACCACGCCCCUCCCUAUCGAACCUCUCGGUCUUGUGUUCCUCAUCGUCUUCGCUUUCAUCCUACUUCUGCAGUUCGCUGCUAUGUUGCGACAUCGUUACGGAACGCUUCUCCACAUCCUGGCAUCUACAGAUCUCCGUUGCUGCAGAAAGCGCUACGAUCCCAAGAAGCAUAUCCGGGAAGCAGUGGAAUACGCUCGCAUGCUGCAGAGGCUGCGCGGUAUUGAUGAAGAUCUAACCGACCAAGACUACGACUACAACAACCUCUACUCGAGCAGUGGAGAAUUCGGACCAACAUCAGCUCCUCCAAGGCCUUUUGAGGAUAGCGACGUCCCCAACGCCUCCGCCCCGGAGAAUCCUUUCCCGGGGAUGUUCGACAACCCCGCGUUCCAGCAGGAAUCAACCCCUAAUAUUGAUGAGGGCGUGCCUGGCGAGACCACCACGGAGAAGAGAAGGAACCGCGCCAGAAGAAGCAGAUCCACAAUGGUAGAUAAGAACAAUACCCUGAGACGGGCGUUCGUGAGGCGGUACACCAAACUCCUUCGUCAGCACUCCGCAGAUGUUAACACUGAUUCCAACAUGAUGAACGGGGCUGGGGGCUCACUACGAGUCACAUCCACAAGCAACGCCAGUCCUAAGAGAGAGACCGCUGAGGAUCUGGUAGCCAGAUUCAACAAGCUAAAUAGGUGAUAACCCCUAACUGUGCUAAUCUCCAAGGUGAUUACUGCGACAAACAAAUGCAUCAUAAACCACGAACUGGGUAAAAAUGUAACAAUGUUCUCAAAAAAGUGAAAUGGACGCCAAAUGGUGAAUCAAAUGUGUUUAAGUCGUGGUUGUCAUGGUGACACGAGAUGAUGAAGAGUCUCAGACAACAGGCAGGACUGAUAACUCUAGAGAUACUGUGCUCAAUGUUGUCAAGUGCGUGGAAACAAGGUGAUAAGUCUUCCAAGUAUAUAUAUAUAUGUAUAUGAUGACCUGCGUGGCGCUCUCAGACCCAUGCUUGUAUAGGAGUCCACAUUUGAUGUGGAACUGACCACGGGUCUUCCGAACCGAAGACGAUAAUCGGACCGCGCGUGCAAAAUAUAUCGGACAAUUGAUAUUGCACGCGGAACGUGGUACAUCUGAUGAGUGACUAUAUGACUAUUCAAGUCUUUCACAAACGGAGACGAUUAUUUAUUGUAAAAUAUAUUAAAUCCAUUUCCUCUGCGUAUCUUAUAAUAACUAUGCCUAUACAACUAUUGUUCUUCCAUUUGCCCAUUGUUGAUUAUUAUUAAUGGUUAAAUAGGUUAUGUCUAAGAUACUAAUGUGUACAUUUUCCUGCUGUCCACGAUGCCUUGCAUUAACCAUGACUUUGUUGUCUCCAUGUGGCCCUGUACUAUGCAUAUAUUAUGAUAUUACCUUUCUUGGGUUGUAAAUGAUGUUAGCGUACAUGACUAUUACGACGCGAGUAGAACCUUUUAUAACUUGUAAAUUCUAGUCUGUUUUCAAGCUUUUAUACAAAAGUGCUUUUGUAAAGCGAAUGGCUGAUGUGAAUUUAUGACCCUCGGAAUCUACCCCCGGGAUCCAGCCCUACUGGGGCCCGGGGGAGGGGACGGAAGAGUCUGGAUCGAUGUUAUGAUGUAGCCUUACUUGCCAUUCGCAUUCUUUUUUCACGUAAUGUUUUUAAUUUUUUGUAAAUUAUGAUCAAAUCCGCUUUUGUGACUUCGUUUGUUUGAGUCGCUGUACUAAAUGUUAGCGUGUGAAACUGCUACGAUGGAAAUGUUAUACGGUGAUCUGCUCGAAUUGUUUGAAAUAAAAUGUUAUAUUU